GUGGCUGUUCGAUAGAGAAACAAUAAAGACGCACAAUUUACGUGUGUGUACGUCGCUUUAGCCUAAUCAGAGGGUUUACGAGGCAUUGUUUUUACAAAAAAAUUUUGAUUAAUUUAGUAUUUUUUGUGUAUUACUUUAUUUAAACAAAACGGUGAUUGAGUGACAAGACAUUAUUUCAAAUUUUUAGUGUUUUUUUUUCUUGUGUUAUAGAAUAUUAGUUUUUGUUUUGUUCCUUACUGGUGAUUAUUUUCUGUUGUUGUUGUGAUUAGUGAAUGUCCACUGAAAGGAGAUUGUAAUUGCAUAAGAGUAGCGAUACGAGAAUUUUAUCUGGGACAUUUUGUAAUGCUGUAAACUAAACAUUUAGCAUUAAUGGCAACAAUUUCUUUAAUGGUAAUGGCGGAACUGGGAAUAUUAAUAUAGUAGCAGUUAGUUAACCAUAGAAAAUUAUUAAGCUCCCGUGAAUCGUUAGUGUUUUCGCACCAAGAGACUCCAAUCCUUCCCAUCUCAUCAGCCGUGUCCUGUGAUAUCUAAAAAUCUCUAAUAUAUAGGUGUGAGAGUGCGGGAGUGCCAUGUAAAAUAGUGUGUUCCGCAGUGUUCCAUUCGAGGCAAAAGUGUUUCAAACGAGUCGAGUGAUCGAAUCUUUCGGUAGCAUGAGUUCGUACUUCGCCAACUACAUGCCGGACAUGAGGAACGGAGGCGUGGUGUCCGCCGAGCACCAGCAACACCACUACGGACAGGUACCGCAAGGUGGCGGUGCUGUUCAGGACCCCAGCGCCUGUGCGGGGGAUCCUUCCGUAGUGGGGUUACGGCAAGGGAUCCCCCCUCAUCACUAUGGAGGUCCCCCGACGGCCGGGCAACCUCCCCAAGGCAUGCCUUACCCUCGAUUCCCCCCUUACGACCGGAUGGACAUUCGAAAUGCCGGAUACUACAAUGCCCAGCAGCAGAUGGACGGUGCCCAAGGUUAUAGACCGGACAGUCCGAGCGCUAUGGGUCAUAUGGGAACGACGCAGGCACCUAACGGUCACCAAACGCCGGUUGUUUACGCUAGUUGUAAACUGCAAGCAGCGGCGGUUAACCAGAACGGCGUGUUGGGUCCUACGGGUAGUCCGCCGUUAGAUGCGACGCAGAACCUCACCAAUCAUCAUAUGACGCAUCAUAUGCAGGAGCAGCACCCGCAGCAUCACCAGGCGCAUCACCAGCAGCAGCAGCAUAUGCUGUACGGCGCGCAACAGAAUCCCAACAUGCACCAGCAGGCGCCGCAUCAGCAAUCGCCGAUGCAGCAACCGCCGCAGGGUCAGCAACCGCCUAGUAAUACGGCGGCAGCGUUACCUAGUCCUUUGUAUCCUUGGAUGAGGAGUCAGUUUGAAAGAAAAAGAGGCCGACAGACGUACACGAGGUACCAAACGCUCGAGCUGGAGAAGGAGUUCCACUUCAACCGGUACCUGACGCGGCGACGGCGGAUAGAGAUCGCGCACGCGCUCUGCCUCACCGAGCGACAGAUCAAGAUCUGGUUCCAGAACCGGCGGAUGAAGUGGAAAAAGGAGAACAAGACCAAGGGCGAAGUUGGCUCGGAGGGGGGAGGGGACGACAUCAGUCCCCAGGGCUCGCCGCAAUGAGAGCCCUCACCACCCUUCGUGUCCAACGAGCCCAACCGAGUACCUAAUGAAUCCACGUAGUCAUGUAUUGCAUUUCAGCAGGUUCGAAGACGGUAGCUGAUUAAUCCUGUUGUCCUUUUAUUGUAGGAAACAGCUGGGUAUUUCGUUUUAGUCGAAAUACAGCGAAAUACACAGUUUUUUUUAGUAAUGAACCCACUACAAAGAUCUACACUGACCGGUAAAAAAACGGACAUCAUUAUUUUUUUACGUUUUACCAAUUAGAAAAUAUUGUUUUCAGAAAUGUUAAAAUAUCCGGGUUAACUAAAAAGCGAAGUUCCUAUCCAUGAGCUUAUUAAAUGUUCUAAUAUUAAAUAAUGCAUUUAAAAUAUUAAUGGUAAUUACAGUAAGGUACUUAGUAUAAUUUUCGCGCAUUGUAGAGGAAGAAAAAAAAAAGGAUUAUACAGUGCAGAUUAAAAAGAGACUUUAAAUAUGCUUUUUUAUUUUUUGCCAUCGAAACUGGAAGCUAUAAUAACAGGUAUCAUUUAAGUUUCCCUUUGAUCUAGUCUGUAUACUAUUUUUUUUGG